AUGACUACAGAAUCAGAUUCUGUGGAUAUUCUGUCGAAAAGGGAUUCUUCGCAAGAAUUCAAUGAUAAUACUGGCGAUGAAAUCGAGGGUUUAAUUGACAUUUCACUUAAUAUUAGUGAUGAAGAACUCAAUGAACAAAUUCUGGAAAUUGAAAGUAUCGUCGAAAAUGAUAUACAGAUUCAGUAUAAGUCAUACGAGAAUCGACUGAAACAGGAGUUCAUGAAGUGGUCAGUCGUCCCCGUGUUUAAGACUAUUACCGAUUAUAAUGGUAUCAAUGAGUUGGAGUCCACGCGUAUAACCGAGGACAAUGAUCAUUCACUGAGAAUCGGUGGUGACAUAUUUGAAUUAACCGUGUUCAAAGACUUUUUGAAUAAUAUGAUACCUCAGUGGAAUACGGAUUCUAUCAUUAUGGACCUGUUAACAGUGAUUAUACUAUUUAACCCGAAUCGACCCAAUCUGAGACAUAAACACUACGUUAACCUGGAGCAACAGUUGUAUAUAUAUCUACUGCAACGGUAUCUGCUAUUGAAAUAUAAAUGUGAAUCCGAAUCGCAAACAAAUCUCUCAAAACUAAUGCAGUGUUUGAGUGAUUUAAGAGUUGCGGAUGAAUUGCAUCGACAGCACGAACUCAGUGAAUAUGAACCACACAAACAAUAUUACGGACCGCUAUUUAAGGAGAUUUUCGACUUUUAGAAAUGCAAUCGUUUAUUCAAAUAUUUAAUUU